GUCGGAUCCGGCGGGAUGGCCGCGCCGGUGACGCGGCAGGUCAGCGGCUGCGCAGGCCGGGCCCUGAGCCCCGCCGGCCCGGACACUGAGCGCGGGCAGCCUCUGGCGGCUGCUGUGGCCGAGCUGCCGGUGCUGGACGCGUCCGGGAGGCGCUUGGCGUUCGGCGCGCUGUUCCGGGAGCGGCGGGCCGUGGUGGUGUUCGUGCGGCAUUUCUUGUGUUACGUGUGUAAAGAAUACGUUGAAGAUCUGGCCAAAAUCCCCAAGAGCUUCCUCCGAGAAGCAGAUGUCGCCCUCAUAGUGAUUGGACAGGCAUCGUACCAUCAUAUUGAGCCUUUCUGCAAACUGACUGGAUAUUCUCAUGAAAUCUAUGUUGAUCCUGAAAGAGAAAUUUAUAAAAGAUUGGGAAUGAAAAGAGGUGAAGAAAUUUCCUCUUCUGGACAGAGCCCCCACAUAAAGUCCAGUCUGCUCGCAGGAAGCCUUCAGAGCCUGUGGCGGGCAGUCACUGGCCCUCUCUUUGAUUUCCAAGGAGACCCAGCUCAGCAAGGAGGAACCCUCAUCUUAGGUCCAGGUAACAACAUCCACUUUGUGCACCGAGACAGGAAUAGGUUGGAUCACAAACCCAUCAACUCUGUUUUACAGCUUGUGGGAGUUCAGCCUGUGAACUUCAUGAGCAGACCGACAGUUAUCCAUGUGUGACCUAAUGUGGGAUCUUCCACUUGUGAAUGGCCCUUGAAACGUGAACCAAAAUGCCAGGCUUCGUGGCUUCAUGGAGUUAUGAAAACACAGAGCUCAUGUGCCUAUAACACUACUACAUGCCGAGGGGCACCAGUUGUCAGAAAUGGAAUUGAUAUUUAAUUUUUUAUAGCGUCUAUAAUUUUAUAUACAAAAUAUAUGAUAUCCAAAAAUUAUAAAACUAUUAUUACCAUUGUUAAUAUCAUUUUAUGAAUAUUCAUUCAGCAGAAGAUUUUUGGUAACUAAAAUAGAAGUAGGGCCACAUGAUGGCUCACAGUUGUCUGUAACUCCAGUGCUAGUGGAUCCUAAACCUUCUUCUGGCCUUGGGCACCAGGUGCCCAUGUGGUACACAUGCAUACAUGUAGGCAAACAUGCAUAC